AUGUAUAAGCUCCACAGAUUGAGUUGCUUGUGGGUGGCAAAAUGCUUUAAACUGGAAUUAGAUUUUGGUGCUGGAAUAUUGGUCAUUCCAGAAUCAGUUUUUCUUGAAAAAUAUGACUACAAUUCACAAAAUACUUCAGUUAGAUUACGGUGUUACAAUGGCUCUGUAAUUAAACCCUCUGGAGAGUUUUGCGUACAUGUUGAGCAUCAAGGAAAUAUUUAUAAUAUUUGUAGAUUUGUUAUUGUUAAAAAUGGAUCAGUGCCGUUGCUUGGUAGAGAUUUGAUAAAAUUGUUAAAUUUAAAGAAAGAUUUUUCAGAAGCUGUUAACUCAGUUAGUGUUUAUGAUAAUGAUAAAAAAAAUACCACUGAUUUAAACAAUUUGCUAGAAAAAUACAAGUCUUUAUUUGAUAAUAAGUGA